AUGGAAGUUCGCCAGCCUGAACCUGAAGACAUUUCUCUUGAGGGUUCAGACCAAAAUCAGACCUCGGUCUUAGUAUUCCACUUUCUUGGCUUUGGUAACAUUCACAGCAUACAAACCCCACUUUUCUGUGGAUUUCUCUUUGUUUAUGUUGCAAUCAUAUCUGGGAAUUUGCUUAUUGUGUUUCUGGUUUCAUUCCAGAAAAGCCUUCAGUCCCCGAUGUAUUUUUUUCUCAGCCACCUGUCAUUGUGCGAUGUGUGGUGCACCACAAACAUUAUUCCCAACAUGCUAAAAAUUAUACUGUUUGGAGGAGGCUCCAUCUCAAUGACCGGCUGUAUCAUUCAGUUUUAUCUCUUUGGCAGUCUAACGACUACACAGUCUUUUCUGCUUACAGUGAUGUCUUAUGAUAGAUACCUGGCCAUCUGCUAUCCACUGCAUUAUUUCUCAAUAAUGGACUUUCAGCGUCUCCUCAGUUUAACUACAUUGUCAUGGUUGCUUGGUUUUCUGUUAACUCUAAUUCCCAGUAUGCUGGUUAGUUCAUUAAAGUUCUGUGGCCCUAGUGCCAUUAACCACUUUUUUUGUGAUCUUUCGCCAGUUCUUGCCCUUUCUUGCUCACCCAAGACCUCUUUAAUUGAAACAGUAAUAAUAUUUUCUUCGAUCCCUGUCAUUCUCUUCCCAUUUAUAUUCAUUAUAGGAACAUAUCUUAAAAUUUUGCUUACAAUCCUUAAGAUUUCUUCCAAAAGGGGGAGACAGAAAACAUUCUCCACGUGCAGCUCACACCUGAUCAUUGUUUGCACGUAUUAUGGCACACUUAUUAUUGUUUAUAUGGUUCCAGCCAAGCAGCACUUUUCAAAUGUAAAUAAGAUACUCUCAUUACUGUAUAUUGUGGUAACACCAUUAUUCAAUCCUAUUAUAUACAGCCUGAGGAAUAAAGAGAUAAAGACUGCACUAUGGAAAAUAAUGUCUAUUAAAGCCACAGGAGAAGUAUCCAUUUAAGAAAAUACAUAAAUUCUGUAUAGUAUUUCUUCCGUUUACUUUAUAUCCUGAUUUUUUAACUGACAAGAA